CGAUAGGCUCGACCGAUCGUCUGCCACGUGUCCUAUCUACGUCUUCUCCCUUCCUCUCCAUCUCAAGCUGCAUCUGCUUCCUCCUUCGCUAUAGAAGAGAACGACGAUUCCUUAUCGCCUUCAUCCCCCCGUGCUUCUCUUACUCCGUCCUCAUCGCUAUGGCCAUGAGUUUUCUCACUGAGCGGGCUAUCGGCGAUCACAUGUUGGCGCCACGUGGCGACAUUUCGGCAAUUUGGCAAGUUCAUCACCCGCGAUUCAGUCUGGACCUUUUACGGCUCGCGCAGUUCUUCAACACUACCGGGGUGUACACAGCGGCGGAGUUCCGAUUCACCGGUCAUCGUCAAGCAAUCGUAUUGGCAGAGGCGGCAACGGUUCGACGGCUGUCAGCACCAGGAGUUAGCCACGUGUCUACUACCGUCAUCUUCAGCGGCGACAUUAGCGCGAUCAGCCCUCUGCGACACACGCCCAUCCGGACGUCGCUAAGGGAGUGGGGUCAACAGCUGGCAGCAGAGUGGAAUCAGUGGCUGACACGUCGUGGCAAUAAUCUUGUCCCCGCGGACGACAUCGAAGUCGGAGGACUCCGGACAUCUCGACACGAGCCCGCGGUGAUCGUGCAGGAACUCACGAUUCCCCUCGUGCAGCUGGCCGACGAUCUCCCUCUCGAUAUCGUCUCGCAGUGUGACGAGAGCCCGGUCCCGCACGUCCUAUCACGAACUCUGACACCCUACCUGCAGUGGUCGGCUUGCCUCGAGGAGCUAGCAGGUAACAACAACCCGCCAUCGCAACAACCAUACCUGGACCCCCAGGGGAUAAUCGACCUCGCCUUCUUUCAACCUCGAACGGCCUCCGAAGACGAAGCGAUAACACUAGAAGAGGAGGAGGAAGAGGACGAAGAGGCAGGCGACGAGGAAGAAGAAGAGGAACCCCCGGAAGAAGGAAGUUACAGCAAGCAUAGCGAGGGAGAGCAGAGUGACGAAGAGGAAGAAGAGGAUCAGUCAGAGGAAGAGGAGGAAUCUGAGUGGGAGACGUUGGGAGAAGAGGCGGAUCGCGCAGAGCCCCACGAGGAGGAUCCCGAGGCUGCGCGAAGAAGAGAGGAGAUAGCGGCCAGGACGCAGCCACUGGAGUUCGCAAGCGGGGUGGACCUGCCGAUCCCGAACGACCCAGCCAAGGAUCCCGAGCCACCCAAGAACGACGAUGGGGACCUUGCUGCCGAGACUUCGAGCGCACCGGCCAGACGGCGACGAAGCCGAUCCCCCUCCCCCUCCACCUCAGCCCGUCCACCAGUUCGAGCUCGUACCGAUGCGGGGCAUCGGGCUUCGUCCCCGGUCCUUAUCCCGUCGUCCCCUUGACCACCUCACCCUCCACCAGAUCACGACCUGCAUCACCUUCCCCUGCAAUCCCUUCCCAAUAGACACCUUUCGCU